CAUUACAGAGGCGGGGGGAGAGAGAGAGAGAGCUUUCGGGCCCUACGAUUGGUUGCGUGCCCGACCAAGCUACAAAUCGGUGAAGGACAGAGGAGGCAAAGAAGAAAUCUUGCGAGAAUUUGUCGAGAACUUGUCGAUUUCACGCGUAAAGAUUCGCUUUUUGGAGGUGUUGAGAUGCGCAGACUUCUUCUCGUUUGACUAUCUCUGCUCCUCUUCUCUCUUAAUGCAGAUUCCCGAAGUAGCUGAGGGCGUUGAGUUUCGUGCCUUUUUCACACGAGCAGGACUCGGGAUUCCGAUGAUUUCCGCGGCUGGAGGAGCUGGUCCUAAUGCGAGGUUGCAAAUUAACUGACCCUUUGCGGAUGCAUAUCAUAAGGGCGCGUCAUGACUUAGCAAUUCAGUUGUUCAAAGCCAGCAAUUAGAAUUAAGCCGCAAAAGUAUGGGCCCUAUCAAUGGAGUGAACAAUUCCAGCAACCCCAGUUUAGCCUCAAGACAGCGUUUGAGGUGGACAAAUGAACUUCAUGAACGUUUUGAAGAUGCUGUCACACAGCUUGGUGGACCAGAUAGAGCAACUCCUAAGGGUGUUCUUAGAAUCAUGGGUGUACCAGGGCUAACAAUAUACCAUGUGAAGAGUCAUUUACAGAAAUAUCGGCUUGCAAAGUAUGUACCAGAGUCUUCAGCUGAUGGUACUAGGUCUGAAAAGAAAGAUGAUGACAACCAGAUUUCAGGGCCUGAAAGCUCUUCUGGAACACAAAUAACUGAAGCACUCAAGUUGCAGAUGGAAGUCCAAAAGAGGCUUCAAGAACAACUCGAGGUACAAAGGCAGCUGCAGCUAAGGAUAGAAGCUCAAGGCAAGUAUCUAAAGAAGAUCAUCGAUGAGCAGCAGCGACUUAGUGGUGUGCUAGCUGAAUUACCUGGAGCAGGCACUACUGCACCCACCCCAGUUGGUCACUGCUUAGACUCUGAGAAGACGGACCCAUCAACACCAGCUCCAGCUUCAGAAUCCCCCAUCCAAGAUAAAGCCAUUGGUAGGGACAAUGGAGAUACUGAUGCCAUCUUCAAGAGCAUUUCAUGUGAUGAUUCGUUAUCCUCCCACCGGGAGCCACUGACCCCUGACUCCAGCUGCCAUGUUCGCUCCUCUUCAUCAAGCCCAAGGCAUGAGAGCUCUACCAAGAGGCUGCGGGUUGGUGCCAUCCCUGGGCAUGGGAAGACAGAGUUGGUGCUUGCUCAUAUACUAGAGUCAAGCUCGGGCUCAGACUUCCAACACUGAUGCCUGCUGCUCGAACAUGGAGAAGAUGCACUUCGAUUCGUCCUGAACUUCAGUCUGCAAUGAUCAGCUUGGAAGUUGAUGCUGGAAGUUUUACAUGAUUGAAUCAUGUAAUGCAGUUUCUUGUAGUAUGCCAUUAUUAAUCGUAUCUAGUGAUAUCAUGUUCGGAUAAUGUGAUAGCUGUUUCACUGAGUGUAUGGCAUAUUAAAUUUAUGUGGAUAUAUGUUGUUAGGAAUAGGAGAUGGUUAUGCUUAUUAUAUGACAUUAACGCUUGUAUCGUUUAUAACAUCCUCGUUUCAGUUAGUUUUA